ACGCCCACCCCUCUCCCAUAUAGUGUGAGAAAAUCAUAAAAACCCACACCUUCCCCAUUCUUCAGGAAAUCAAAAAAAAAAAAAAAAAAAAAAAAAAAUCCAUACGAUUUUCUACUUAUAAAAAUCAAAAUCACACCCACAAAAACCAUAAAAUGGAAGCCGACGACCAAAACUACUUCAGCCGGCCAAACCACCCAUUACAACCCCUUGAACAACAAUCCAGGUCCAGUGUUAACGGUGACGACGAUUCAACUGCGGAGCCGCAACAACCGGACAAACCAAAGCCACAACAAAAAAGAGGAACAACAAAGGACAGGCAUACGAAAGUUGACGGCCGGGGCCGUCGAAUCCGUAUGCCUGCUUUGUGCGCCGCUAGAGUGUUCCAGCUCACUCGUGAGCUGGGACACAGGUCUGACGGCGAGACCAUCGAGUGGCUGCUACAACAGGCGGAACCUUCCGUCAUAGCAGCCACUGGAACUGGAACAAUUCCAGCCAACUUUACUUCUCUCAACAUCUCACUCCGCGGAUCCAGCUCCACGGUCUCGGCUGGACCUAUGUCAUACAAAAACGGUUUUAUGUUCGUCGCAAACCAACCGACGUCGUAUUUAAUGGAUUUUGCGCCCCCCUUGGAUCCGAGGGCUGUUCAAAUGAACCCGUCUGGUGUCCCGGAGGGUAACGAACAAAUUCCAAGUAGUGCAGGGUUUUCCUAUGAUCCCAAGUGGAAUUUUUCGUCUACUAGUAAUAGUAGUAGUAAUAAUAAUAAUAGUAACAGUACGGAUAAUCCUUAUGAGUUUAGGAAUUUAAUGAGUUUUGGUGCGCAAACGGGUCACUUUCACGGACAACAGUUUAGUGAUGGAGCCAUGGCGACAACAGGCGGGAUGAUGGCGGCGUUAAGCUCGAGUAGACCGUUUUCCGGCGGUGGUUCUGAUCACCAGAAAGUCAUGAUUUACGGAGAUCAUCAACAUGAACCAAGUAGCAGCCACAACUCUUAAGAUCAGAUACAUAUUUAUGCAAGGUAUUAUUAUUGUGAGAAGACCAAAGAGGCAAAAUUUUACAUGUUUUUUUUUAUAGGAUUUAGUAAAUGUAAUUCAUGUAUUUAAUUAUAUGAUUAAGAGGUAUGUUUGUUUGA